AUGGGACAAGUCGGAACCUAUCCUACAGUGUCUAGCGAUGUGGCGCGUCGCGGCGCCGCUUCUCGUCUCGCCGCCUGCACCUUCAAGCUUUCUUCUGCGACACACUCUUUGUCAACUCACUCUCACUUUCUUUUGCCAAAAAGCUACGACACCACCGCUGUCAUGUCGUCAAGAAGACAGGGCGGAAACCGCAUUCGCGGGCCCAACUCAGCUUUGACGGACUUCCUGGCGGCCAACAAUAUUUCCGCCCAGCAGAUCCGAGAUGACUACGAGCAACGCCGUGCCCAAGCAGCCCAGCAGCAAGCCACCGAUGCCACUCAACCACAAGAAGAGUCGGCGUCGACAUCCGGCUCGACCCCCAGUGGGCGCAACGCGCCGGAGGUUGAGGCGGGUCCAUCAGAUUCGAAAAAGAGAAAGGCUACCUCGACUCUCGCGGAGAAGAAGGCUUUAGCCAAGAUCAAGAAAAGCAAGGAAUUCCAAAGGCGUAAGUCCAUAGGCAAAGGUUUCGACAGCGACAGCGAUUCAGAGUAUGACGAUUUUCUGGCCCGGGACAUCUACAAGAAGAAGCAGCCACCACCUGGACAACUGGAGAACUGCGAGAUUUGUAACAAGCGCUUCACAGUCACCGCAUACAGCAAGACCGGCCCGGAUGGUGGACUGCUCUGCACCCCUUGUGGCAAGGAGUUGGCGGCUGAUGCUGGACCGUCGAAGAAGGCGAAGAAGGCAACCGCGACGAAGCGGCGUCGCAAGAUUGAGAGCGAUCGCAUGGAUGCAUCCUACAAGCCACAAGGAGCGAAGACGUUGCAGCAGCUCUGCAUCGAAAAGGUUGCGGCACACGCUAACGACGUUGACGAAUUUGGUGAUCUCCCUGAGCAAGUGCUUGACAGACUUGGUGAAAUCUUCUCCAAGAAGCGAGUGCUUGAUCCUCGGACGCUCAAGCUCUUCCUGCGAUCAGACUUGGACGGUCUUGCAGUUCAUGAUUCAGCUUACUUAGAGACGGAUGACUACACGCAGAUUUUCAUGGAGGUCCCGCACGUCCAGAAGGUGGUCCUCAGGAACGCCGGUCAGUACAAGGACGAGAACAUGAAAUACAUGCUGGAGAAGGCGAAGAACAUCCGUUCUCUGCAGCUGUACGCUUCCAAUCUCGUCUCGAACGACAUGUGGAAGCAGCUGUUUCUUCAGCGGGCGGAUAAGUUAGAGGAGCUCAAGCUUCAGUGGCUCGACGCCUCGUUCGACGAUGACUGCGUUGAGACUAUGGCUCAACACUGCCCCAACCUAAGGCGCCUCAAGCUGAAGCGUUGUCGUCAGAUUACUGUUGCUGCCAUCAACUCCAUAUCACGCCUCCAGAACCUGCACCACCUCUCUCUACAAACCAAUGCCGAAGUAGAGAGCGACCGUGUCGUCAACCUCAUCGGUUGCGUAGGUGCUAACCUCGAGACGCUCUCGCUCGAGACAAUGAUCGAUUCUAACGACGAUGUCCUCUCCGCUAUUCAUGAUCAGUGCCGCAAUCUCCGCAAGCUCCGCUUCACUGACAACGACCUCUGUACCGAUGCCGGCUUCGUAGCCUUGUUCACUGAGUGGGCCAACCCGCCACUGCGUUUCAUCGAUGUCAACAGCACUCGCGACGUAGACAAUCAGCACCCCGAUGGUCCAGCGGAGCCCAAUGGUCUGGCAUCCGAGGGUUUCAAGGUCCUCAUGAAGCAUUCCGGCCCGAAGCUGGAGACGCUGAACAUUGCAUCCUGCAGACACAUCUCGCACGCGGCCUUUUGCGACGUCUUCGACGGCCAGAAGCAGUACCCGCACCUCAGCAAGAUUGAUAUUUCGUUCUGCAACGCGGUGGAUACGACGGUUGUUGCGGGUAUCUUCAAGAGCUGCCCCAAGCUGGAGCGCCUGGUGUCGUUUGGCAACUUCGGCGUCGAGGACGUCGUGGUGCCACGCGAUGUUGUGCUGAUUGGCGUGCCCAAGGCGCAAGACACGAUCGAGCAAAUCGGCGAAGCAUGGAUGGGCCUGGAUCAGGCGAUGGAACAGAUGGCGGGGGUUGUGGGUGUGGGCGCUUAA